AUCGUAUCUCACCUACCUACUUGAGGGGAACGCUGCUAGGAGGAGAGACGCUCUUCCUUUACGAACUGGCUUCCCGCCACCGUCAUGCCCUCAGGGCAUGUAGGUAGGUAAUGUGCCUAUAUUACAGGUUCCUUGCCUUAUCUGGUACCUAUCGAUAAGAGCUUCAUGGAGGGGUCGUUAGUAAGAACCCCUGCAUUGGCGUUUCUGUCGCGACGGCUUUCAAUCACUUGAUCUUCCCUCCUCCUUCUCUCUUCCUCUUUCACUUCUCUCUUUCUCCUACCAUCCAAUCUGAGACCCUCCUGCCAUACAAACCAUGCGCCUCAAAUAAGAGAACACGGAACCGGGAAUCCUUCUCGCGUUCGCCCAAGUGAAGUCUCCUUCUACUCUCUCGGCUGCUGCCUACUGGUACCGUCCUGAUGUCGGCAACAUCAGAGGGCGGCAAUGCUGGUGGAUCGCGAGGCGCCAGUGGGGAUAAGUACAAUUACCAGGAAGAUCACCACUCUAGCGCAAGUGACGAAGAUGGAAACGCUGUGGAAGUCAUCUUCGAUCCGGGCAACCCGUAUCGACGCAAAAGCUCCCUUGUCACUAGCGAAGUGGCCAACCCGAAGCUUACCAAGCCUAAGCCGAAGCCUUCACCAAGUCAAUGUCUAGUCCACCAAUUCCUCGAGGGUUAUAACCACGACGAUGACCGUGUCAAAAGCGGGGAAGUCUAUAAGGAACACCACCAUGGGAACCAGGAGGGUGCCAUCCAGGUCGGCGCACACGAGCGCCCGGAGCCCGAACGAGGCGCCCGCAAAUCGGCAAAUGCGCCGGCUACGGACCUGGAGAGUGAUGCCAGCACCGAGACCGGACAGGUGGACCAGAAGUCGUGGAAGAGGGCUCUGAAGAGAAAAUCGAGUGGCCUGGACCACCCCGAGUAUUUGAACAGCCGGCUGCUCACGAAGAAACAACUUACCGAUAUGGCCUGGGGCGUCCGAGAGUUAAGCAGAAGAUUAGGCAGUAUUAAGCUUAAGUUCAGGGCUAGGAGCAUCUUCCUCUUGACCAAACCCUACGAUCGCGAGUUGGUUCCCAAGACGCGCUGGCUAGCCAAAUGGCUGCUCAGCGUAGAGCGAGAUGUGCGGUACACCGUCUACGUGGAGGAGAACUUAGAGGAAAACAAGGAAUUCGACGCGCCAGGGUUGCUGGAGGAACUUCGCGAGGAGUAUCGCGAAGCUGGGCAACCGGGCAGCAAUGCCCCCGCCGGCGGGUUGGAGAAUCGAUUGCGCUUCUGGCACGAGAAGAUGUGCCGCACGCGGCCUCACACCUUCGACUUCAUCAUCACCCUAGGAGGCGACGGAACCGUCCUCUACGCCAGCUGGCUUUUCCAGCGCAUAGUCCCCCCUGUGCUCAGCUUUUCGCUGGGCAGCCUCGGCUUUCUCACCAAGUUCGACUUCAACCAGUACCAAGAUAUCCUCACCGCCGCCUUCCGAGACGGCGUGUCUGUCAGCCUACGACUGCGAUUCGAAGGAACGGUCAUGCGAAGCCAAAAGAAGGGGGAAGAAGGCGAGCAAGUCCCGCACCGAUCGCGAGAUCUCAUAGAGGAAGUCAUCGGCGAAGAGAGAGACGGCGAACACACCCACAAGCCCGACGGCACAUACGAAGUCCUGAACGACAUCGUCGUAGACAGAGGUCCUAAUGCUACAAUGUCGUACACGGAGAUAUUCAGCGACGACGAGCACCUGACGUCGGUGCUGGCGGACGGGGUGUGCGUGGCGACGCCGACAGGCUCGACGGCGUACAACCUGGCGGCGGGGGGCUCGCUGUGCCACCCGGACAACCCGGUGAUGCUGGUGACGGCGAUCUGCGCGCACACGCUGUCGUUCCGGCCGGUGGUGCUGCCGGACACGAUCGUGCUGCGGAUCGGGGUGCCGUACGACGCGCGGACGAGCAGCUGGGCGAGCUUCGACGGGCGCGAGCGGGUGGAGAUCCUGCCGGGCGACUACGUGACCAUCAGCGCGAGCCGGUUCCCGUUCGCGAGCGUGCAGCCCGAGGGCCGGCGCGGGGCGGCGGCCGGGGCGGCGGCCGAGAACUGGGUGAAGAGCAUCAGCGCGAAGCUGGGCUGGAACACGCGCCAGAGGCAGAAGAACGAGGGGUACAAGGCGUGGGACCAGGGCACGAGCUAGCGCGGCGGUCUCCCUCCCUCUUUCUCUCUCUCUCUCUCUUUUUUUCUUCUUUUCGUUUCUGUUCGUGGUGCGUGUCUACGUGAGGAGGAAGAGGCUUCUAGAGAGGAAAAAAAUCGAGACCAAGACACUACAGACGAAGACGGGACUCGCGAGCCGGCUGCGCUGCGGCUGCGAUGCCUACUGUAUAGAUACGACAGACCCGCUGUCAUGUGUUAGAGAGAAGAUGGGGGGGCGUUGUGGCGUGUGGGCGCGUUCGGAUUCGAGAAAUCCAGGAUAAAAAGACGAUAGCUGCAGGCUCGUCGAGUUCUUUGUAUAUACCUACCCAAGUCAUGUAGUAUUCUAUCGAUAUUCGCGUAGUAGCCAUGCCGCUAUUCGCGCGCGCGUUAUCAGA